AUGCCGUUUGGUUUACUAAAUGCUGGGGCUACAUAUCAAAGGCUGGUCAAUAAGAUGUUUAAGGAUCAGAUUGGGAGAACAAUUGAAGUGUAUGUGGAUGACAUGCUAGUAAAAUCAAAGGAAGCUUAUGAUCAUGUUACACACUUAUCAGAAAUGUUCGACAUAUUGAGGGAUUACAGGAUGAAGUUGAAUCCCCAAAAAUGCGUAUUCAGGGUUGAAUCCGGUCGGGUUGCCGCCCUAAACCGGUUUAUCUCAAAGUCCUCAGACAGAUGUAGAGAAUUCUUUGCAUCCAUAAAAAAGGGGCAAAAAUUUGAAUGGACGACAGAAUGCGAGGCUGCCUUCCUGAAGCUGAAGGAGCAACUUGGAAGCCCGCCACUGUUAGCCAAACCAACUGAGGGUGAAGCCUUGAUCCUUUACCUAGGGGUUUCCGAGUUCUCAAUUAGCGCUGUCCUGAUCAAGGAGGAAGAGCAAGCCCAACAGCCAGUAUACUACGUGAGCAAAAGACUACUUGAUGCUGAAACCCGCUACUCAAAUAUGGAGAAGUUAGCCUAUGCACUAAUUUUGGCUUCUCGCAAACUAAGGCCUUACUUUCAGGCUCACAAGAUUGAAGUGCGAACAUCCUUCCCCCUCAGACAGGUCUUGCACAAGUCGGAAGCCUCUGGAAGGAUCAUGAAAUGGGCAGUCGAGCUAGUCAGUCCGAAAGGCCAUAAGCUGCAAAGCUCCAUUCAUUUCGACUUUAAAGCCACCAACAAUGACGCGAAGUAUGAAGCCCUGAUAGCUGGGCUGAAGCUAGCCUUGGAGAUGGGGGUGGAAAACAUGAAUGUUUACAUUGAUUUUAUGCUGGUAGUCUGGCACAUCCGAGGAGGCUUCCAAGCUAGGGGUCCCCGUACCGAUCUCUAUAUGCGGUAUGCCCAGGAAUUAAUUGGGAAAUUCAGGGAAAUCAAGCUAGAGCAAAUACCAAGAUCUGAGAAUGCAGAUGCAGAUGCCUUGGCCAAAUUAGGCUCUCAGAGGGAUGCACACAUGCUUGGGGUGAUCCCCCUCGAAAUCCAGCAUCAUCCUAGCAUUCCCAAAAUCGAAGUCAUGGACGUUGAAGUUGAUGAGUCUGACCUUUGGACAACCCCAAUCCAUGAAUACAUAGCCAACAGAACCCUGCCUACAGACAAGGAUGAGGCUAGGAAAUUGAGAUACAAGGCGGCCCAUUGCCAAAGGUUCUCUAACACAAACAAAAGCCCAGCAGUACCCCUGAAGACCCUGACAAGCCCCUGGCCAUUUGCUGUUUGGGGUAUAGAUCUGAUUGGUGAAUUACCCAAAGGAAAAGGAGGGGUGAAAUAUGCAGUCGUGGCUGUAGACUACUUUACUAAAUGGGCUGAGGCUGAACCCCUGACUUCCAUCACUGCAAGGAAGCUGGUAGACUUCGUUUAUCGUGCAAUCGUCUAUCGAUACGGGGUUCCCUACAAGCUCAUAUCAGACAAUGGGAAACAGUUUGACAGCAAUGAGAUGAUGAAUUUCUGUGAACACCUUGGCAUAAAGAAAGGCUUUUCCACGGUGUGCCACCCUCAGAGUAACGGUCAGACAGAAGCCGUCAACAAAAUUAUUAAGCACACCCUGAAAGCCAAACUGGAAGAGAAAAAGGGAUGUUGGCCAGAAGAACUUCCUAUGGUGUUGUGGUCCUACAAUACCACUCCCAGGUCUACCACUGGCGAAACCCCGUUCACCCUAACAUACGGAUGUGAAGCUAUGGUUCCCGUGGAAGUUGGAGCAGUAUCUUUUCGAAGGGAUAACUAUGACCCUGAGAAUAAUGAAGUCAAUCACAGGCUCUACCUAGAUCUGAUUGAAGAAGUAAGGGAUACGGCUCAGUUGAAACUCGCUGCGUAUCAACAGAGGACCCGCAAGUAUUUUGAUAAGAAACUUCCAAGGUUUUGGGCUUACAGUAGCCCUUCAAGGUUAAAGCCCAUCGAGGCUUUCAAGGCCGAAGGCCUAUCGAGGCUUUCGGGUUUAGAGCCUAUCCAGGCUCUCACAGCUUACUUGGUGGAGUUAUUUCAGAGCUUACUUGGUGGAAUUAUUGCAAGGCUUACUUUGAAAAGUUAUCUCGCAGCUUAUACUUGGAGAUUAUUCUAA